AUGACGGCGCCGGUAAGAUCAGUACCUACAGUUCAAACUACGUGCAGUGAUGCAAAUAGCCUCCAGCAUGGCUUUCUUGAUUCGUUGCCUGACACCACUCCUAUAAAUCCUUCUGUUAACACAACACCAGUGGCACCAACUACAGCAAGCACACAGACCACAGCUCCUAAGUCUUCAGUGGAAAUUUCUAUGCUGUCUAACCUGUCAGACUUUCAGGCUUCUGCAGCAGCACAAUGUGCCUCAAAGAUAGUUGAAAACACAGUUUCAAAUGUUACACACAAAGAGCCAGUAACCUCUAAAGUAACUACGAAGGGAAACGUCUCAAGUAUUGGGAAAGAAACUGCUCUAAUGCGAAGCUCGCCUUUCCAAGGGUCAUUGUGGAAACCUCCACGAGCAGGCAGCAUUGAAUUAGUCCAAGACAGCCAGUCAAAUAUGCUGUUGAGGCAGCAGGUACCACAUCCAUCAACUGUAACGAAUGUAAACAGUUUCAUGACACAACCAGGUCCGGUGCAGCCACUUGAUCUCUCAGGGGGUUCCACAGGCAGCCAGCCACCUGAUGGUCCACUACAGCGACAGCUACCUCCGUCUUCUGCUUCGUCAUACGCCAUCCAAAGGCAGAUGCUACAUUCUGGAAAUCUUCCUAUCCCUGCUCCACAGGUUGUCACACCCAGACCCACACUACGUUCCUCUGAAAGAUCAAUGAUGUUACCACAACUUGCCUCAACACAUGGAAUUCCAAACUAUAUUCCUUCUCCUAUCCUUCCUCCACCUGGGUUUGCGAGCACACAACGGGUAUCUGUGGCUAACAACGAUCGAAGACAAUCUCCUGCAAACGUAACACAACCUUACAGUGCUAAUCCUGGUGUAAUACUCAAGGUGCCAAUAAUACCCACUGCUGCCACAAGGUGUAACAGCCAGCGUGAAGUGCCAACUGCGAUAUCACCUUCCACAGUUUCAACGGAUCCUCAGUGCGCGUCACCAACCCCAGAUCCUAACGUCAAAGACUGCGGUUCAGACACAGGGGCUCAGCAAGAGGAAUGA